CGUGGACCGGCAUUUUCCCACAACACCCCGCUGCUGCUGCUGCUGCUGCUCUCACUGAUGACGAAAAUGGCGGACAGCGGAUCGUCGGUGGAGAUUGUGGAGGGCUGUCGCCUGCCCGUUCUUCGUAAAAACCAGGAACACGAGGACGAGUGGCCAUUGGCUGAAAUUCUAAGUGUAAAAGAAGUGUCUGCGAGGAAGCUCUUCUAUGUUCACUACAUCGACUUCAACAAGCGUCUAGAUGAGUGGGUCACAGCAGACAGGCUGGACAUGAAGAAGCUUCAGUUCCCCAAGAAAGAAGCUAAAACUCCAACUAAGAAUGGUCUUCCAGGCUCCCGUCCCAGUUCUCCAGAAAGAGAAGUGAGGAAGAGUCUAGAUCUCAACGCUCCGUCUGCCACAGCCCCUUCCAGAGGCAAAACUCUUCCCACACCGCUGUCGAGUCAUACUGAACUGCACGGAACUCCAGAGACAAACAACCAUGACACAAUAAAGGAAGAGGAUGAUCCACUCGUGCAGAUCAAAUCUGGAAGUGAUUUAAAGCACAAUGUAUCAAAGUGUUUGUCUGGUGUACGCACUGGACUUGUAAAGCCAAACGUCAGCUUCAGAUCUUUCAAGAAAAGGAAAGUCGAGCCUGUCCCCAUGGUGACUCAGGUACCCCCAGCCCCCCCGGUCCCCUCCCUGCCAAGUUCAGCUGAAGCCACUCAGGCAUCUGUUUUUCCUGCUGUGCGGGAGACCAACACCUUCAAGUCCCGCGAAGACCAUGACCAGCUCGCCUCGCUCACAACGAACGGCACUGCCCGACGGCUCAUACCCCCUCAGCCCGGAAGGAAAAGGAAAGCUAAUUGUGGGGGAGCUGAUGAGAUGAUAAAGGUUUUGCAGUAUAACAACCCUCAAAGUGCCAGUGUCUUUCUACCGCCACCAGAGGAUUCCCAGGACAGUUCGGAUGGCAUCCCAUCUGCACCCCGCAUGACAGGGAGUCUGGUGUCUGACCGCAGCCACGAUGACAUCGUGACCCGGAUGAAAAACAUCGAGUGUAUAGAGCUAGGACGUCACAGACUGAAACCCUGGUACUUCUCACCAUACCCGCAGGAACUCACCGCGUUGCCCAUCCUCUACCUCUGUGAAUUCUGCCUCAAGUAUCUCAAAAGCCUCAAGUGUCUACAGAGGCAUUUGACAAAAUGUAACCUGAGACAUCCCCCAGGCAACGAGAUCUACCGCAAAGGCACCAUCUCAUUCUUUGAGAUUGACGGCAGGAAAAACAAAAUGUAUUCCCAGAACCUGUGUUUACUGGCUAAAUGUUUCCUGGAUCACAAAACCUUGUAUUAUGACACAGACCCUUUCCUCUUCUAUGUAAUGACGGAGUAUGACUCCAAAGGCUUCCACAUAGUGGGAUACUUCUCUAAGGAAAAAGAGUCAACUGAAGAUUAUAACGUCGCCUGCAUCCUGACCUUGCCUCCCUACCAGCGGAGGGGCUAUGGCAAGCUGCUUAUUGAAUUCAGUUAUGAGCUGUCCAAGGUCGAAGGGAAGACGGGAACUCCAGAGAAGCCACUUUCUGACCUUGGUCUUUUGUCCUAUCGUUCCUACUGGUCACAGACCAUCCUGGAAAUUCUCAUGGACCUUAAACCUGACAAUGGGGAAAGGCCGCAGAUUACCAUCAAUGAGAUCAGUGAGAUCACGAGUGUAAAGAAAGAAGACGUCAUUUCAACACUUCAGUACCUCAACCUAAUCAACUACUACAAGGGACAGUACAUCCUGACUCUCUCAGAGGACAUAGUGGAGGGGCAUGAGAGAGCGAUGCAGAAGAGACACUUACGCAUUGAUUCAAAAUGUCUUCACUUCACACCUAAGGACUGGAGCAAGAGGGGCAAGUGGUAGAGCCCGAGCCUGGUUCACAGAAAACCAUCCCAGACUUUCAGAUUACAGACUUAAAACAAAUGAUGGAUCAGAUCAAGUUUUUUUUUCUUUUUCUCCUCAUCAAGAACCUCAAUCAGACCAGACAAUGAACAUAAACUGUGACUUGAGAAGCAGAAGCUUUUAUUGCCAUAGCCAUAGUUAGAAAACUUUGUUCACUAUGAUAACACUUAUUAAACAAUGCCAUAACUCACUGUCCAAACCUUAGUCAUCACUUUCUAAGUAGAUAUUUUUCUGGUGUGCAGACAUCAGAACCUCUUCCUGUGUACAAAGGUUUGAGUAGUAAUAAUAGUGAUUGGAAACAAUACCCACUGAUGAUAGGACUGGUUGUAUUUAUAUAUAUUUAUAUCAAUGACUCAGUGUGAUCAGUAUUGGGAUUGCGUUACAGGAAAGAAAGCACAAGGAAUCAGACUCCACUUCUGUUUUCAGAGUAAAGUUCUGCCAAGUCAAGCUCCUCAUGGCACACAGUGCUCAUCUGUUUAUUGUGAUUCCCCUGGCGUCGGUGCCUGAAGAGGAAUGGAAAUAUGCUGCUAAAGGCUUCUGGAUCCUUGUGUCAAAUCAAAGUCGAUUAUGCUACACGUAUCUCUAUAUAUACAAAUAUAUAUUCAGAACUAUUUGGAAACAGACAAAUAUUUAAAACUAGACAUAAGAUCCGAUGUUUUAAUGUUUUUGGUCAGUUCAUGUUUAUCUUUUACAAUAGAAGCUCUGCUUUUCAUGUCCAUGUAUUUUAAAUUGUUGGAAGCGUAUAUGAUUUCUGUUUGUGACCAUUCAGGUGAAUAGUUUGUUUUUCCUGUUCAUCCCCUGUUGCGAUCAUCUGUACUCAAUGUGCAAGAGACAAAUCCAUAAGUUAAACAUGUUGCUUGUUACUGUACAUACUGAACCUGAUUAUUAAAAAACCUUUAGAAGACAGAAGCCAUGUUGAUCUGUUAGAGGAAUGUACAUUUUCUGUACAGUUGUAUUUCUUUUUUACUUGAUGUAAGCUAACAGGCCUCACAAUAAUUACAGGACAAGACCUUAAAGUGAUAUCUUACUUUCAAGUUUGUGUUUUUAUGUUUACAUGUGAAAUAAUUUAGCAUAUCUUUAUGUGAAACACAGUUGGGAGUAUGAUUUGAACCUUUGAUUUGAAAAGCUUGUUGGAUUGAUAAAAAAAACAUUGUAAAAACCCCUGUAACGUGUCUUUAAUAUUUGAUUUUAAAAGUGUACAUUUCCCA